GGCUUUGGAAAAACAACAAAGACCAAAUCGGCUUAGAAAGAAUUUAUGACAAAAGAGUCAAAUGACUCCGGAUUGUGACGAGUCCUAGGAUAGGGGCUCGAAUCCUAUAAAGGAGUUGCGAAUUGGAAUCAGGGAAAGUAAUCAUUUUUGGCUUAAUUCUGAUUUGGGUUCUUCUUACUUAUAGUCCUCUCACUAGUCAACAUGCUUCUGGUUUCGCCUGCUUGUAGAGGUGUUUAUCUUCAGACCAUAGAUCCAAAUCCAAUUGAUUUUUCAGCCAGAGGCUCUUAUGCAAGUUGCUUUCAGAUUCCUCCUUCAGUCUCUCAAAGGGAGUGUUUGAUGAGGUUAGGAACGGUCUUUUGUUUUAAUCAGAAGCAUAGAGAGCAGACAAGUUUCAAGAAACGGCAUGUAUCUACGCAGAAUGUGGAUCUUCCUCCUAUUUUACCAAAGAACAAGAAGAAACCUUAUCCGAUUCCUUUUAAGCAAAUUCAAGAAGAGGCUAGGAAAGAUAAGAAGCUUGCUCAGAUGGGUAUAGAGAAACAGUUGGAACCUCCUAAAAAUGGAUUGCUAGUUCCCAAUCUUGUUCCUGUGGCGUAUCAAGUGAUAGAUAACUGGAAGUUGUUGAUCAAGGGUUUAGCACAGCUUCUUCAUGUUGUUCCCGUGUUUGCUUGUAGUGAAUGUGGAGCGGUUCAUGUUGCCAAUGCUGGUCACAACAUUAGGGAUUGCAAUGGUCCAACAAAUUCACAGCGACGUGGUUCUCAUUCAUGGGUUAAGGGUACCAUCAAUGAUGUUCUCAUUCCUGUUGAGUCGUACCACAUGUAUGACCCUUUUGGGCGGCGGAUUAAGCACGAAACACGGUUUGACUACGAAAGAAUCCCAGCACUUGUUGAGCUAUGUAUUCAGGCUGGAGUUGAGAUCCCUGAGUAUCCUUGUCGCAGAAGGACACAGCCAAUCCGAAUGAUGGGGAAGAGAGUGAUCGAUCGAGGUGGAUAUCUUAGAGAGCCUGAUAAGCCUCAGACAUCAUCAAUAUCAUCUCCACUUGCCGAGCUUGACACGCUUGGUGCUUGUGAAAGGUAUCCGCCUCCCACACCAGAGGACAUACCUAAGAUAGCACAAGAAACAAUGGAUGCUUACGAAAAAGUGAGAUUGGGGGUGACGAAAUUGAUGAGGAAAUUCACGGUGAAAGCAUGCGGAUAUUGUUCUGAAGUGCAUGUAGGACCAUGGGGACAUAGUGUGAAGCUGUGCGGGGAGUUCAAACACCAAUGGAGAGACGGGAAGCACGGAUGGCAAGAUGCUCUUGUGGACGAAGUCUUUCCUCCAAACUAUGUAUGGCAUGUGAGAGACCUUAAGGGAAAUCCGCUUACCGGAAAUCUGAGAAGGUUUUAUGGUAAAGCCCCUGCUUUGGUUGAGAUUUGUAUGCACAGUGGAGCUCGGGUUCCUCAACGCUACAAGGCCAUGAUGAGGCUUGACAUCAUUGUUCCUGAUUCACAGGAAGCUGACAUGGAGGAGGAAGAAGAUAACAGGAAUGGGGCGAGUUAUUUGUCAGUGGAGAUGAUGAAGAAGGUGAGCUCCAUGGCAGCUCCGAUGGUGGCAGUUUCGGUUUCUCAGUUCCUCCUUCAAGUCAUCUCCAUGGUUAUGGCUGGUCAUUUGGACGAGCUCUCACUCUCAGCUGUCGCAAUCGCCACUUCCCUCACUAAUGUCACCGGUUUCAGCCUCAUCGUUGGGUUUGCAGGUGCGUUAGAGACUCUGUGUGGUCAAGCUUUUGGAGCAGAACAAUUUGGAAAAAUUGGGGCAUACACGUACAGCUCAAUGCUUUGUCUUCUCGUCUUCUGUUUUCCAGUUUCUCUUGUAUGGAUCUUCAUGGACAAAAUCUUGGAGCUCUUCCAUCAAGAUCCUCUAAUCUCUCAGUUAGCUUGCAGAUACUCAAUCUGGCUCAUACCGGCUUUAUUCGGAUUCGCUCUUCUUCAACCUAUGACUCGCUAUUUCCAGUCACAAGGAUUAAUUCUUCCUCUCUUCGUGAGCUCUCUUGGAGCUCUCUGUUUUCACAUUCCUUUCUGUUGGCUUCUUGUCUAUAAACUGAGAUUUGGAAUCGUUGGCACCGCUUUGUCCAUCGGUUUUUCAUAUUGGCUCAACGUGUUUUUGCUUUGGAUUUUCAUGAGUAACUCUGCUUUGCAUCGUGAAAUGAAAAACCUUGGUUUGCAAGAACUCAUCUCGAGCAUGAAACAGUUCAUCGCCCUCGCUAUCCCCUCUGCAAUGAUGAUAUGCCUGGAAUGGUGGUCGUUUGAGAUUCUACUACUAAUGUCUGGACUCUUACCAAACUCAAAGCUCGAAACAUCGGUGAUAUCCAUUUGCCUCACAACAUCGGCUUUGCAUUUCGUUCUGGUGAAUGCGAUAGGAGCAUCCGCAAGCACAUAUGUUUCAAACGAGCUAGGAGCUGGAAAUCACAGGGCAGCUCGAGCGGCGGUUAAUUCGGCUAUUUUCCUGGGUGGUGUUGAUGCAACAAUAGCAAGCAUCACACUUUACAGUUACCGAAAUAGUUGGGGUUAUAUAUUCAGCAACGAGAAAGAAGUGGCUCACUACGCAACCCAAAUCACACCCAUUCUCUGCCUAUCCAUUUUCGUUAACAGCUUUCUUGCCGUGCUAUCAGGGGUUGCCAGAGGAACAGGCUGGCAUCGUAUAGGAGGUUAUGCAAGCUUAGGAUCAUAUUAUCUUGUCGGAAUCCCGUUAGGUUGGAUCUUGUGUUUUGUCAUGAAAAUGAGAGGGAAAGGACUUUGGAUUGGUAUACUCAUAGCCUCCACUAUCCAACUAAGUGUUUUUACCAUUGUCACCUUCUUCACCAAUUGGGAACAAGAGGCAACGAGAGCCAGAGACAGAGUAUUCGAGAUGACACCACAAGUCAAAGGCAACCAAAAGACGCAAAUUUUAUUGGAAGAGGAUACACAAGUUUUACUUGAUCAUAUUACAGAAACUGUUUAAAAGUGUAAAACCACUUAAUGCAACUCUAUUGGUCUACUUCGUUUUAGCCUUCUAUUUACUAAUUUUGGAUGCUUUACAUUUGCAUGAUGUGCGAUUUUAAAUGAUGCGUCUUGAGAAUAUGGAUUCUUGGUUUUUAGUUUGUCAACAAACUACCCAUUUCACUUAAUAAGAAUUUGGAGUCCAA